AUGGACUACGAACCGUUUGAUAGCAGUGGAACUGAUGACGAUCUACCUCCAUCACAUCAAAAUAGAAUUCCAAGAGGGGGUCGUGCUGCAGGGAAUGGAAGAUCUGCUGUUAUGGGUUCUGUUCCAUACCCUAGGAUGUAUGGUGAAACAGAUAUGGAGGCCCAAAUUCACCACCUUGAGCAGGAAGCAUACAGUUCAGUUCUAAGAGCCUUUAAAGCUCAAGCUGAUGCCAUUACUUGGGAGAAGGAAAGUUUAAUAACUGAACUAAGAAAAGAGUUGAGACUAUCAAAUGAAGAGCACAGAGAGCUUCUGGGCAGAGUUAAUGCAGAUGAUGUUAUCCGAAGGAUAAGGGAGUGGAGACAGGCAGGUCGGACGCAGCCUGGCAUGCUUAGUACUGGUCAAGCUGUGCAUGAUCCGGCACCCAGCCCCUCUGUUUCAGCAUCUCGUAAAAAGCAGAAGAUAUCCCAGGCAUUACCUCCUCCAUCAUUUGCAUCUCGUAAAAAGCAGAAGAUAUCCCAGGCAUUACCUCCUCCAUCGUUUGGUGGGCCAUCCCCUUCUUUUCACCCACAAGCAGUGGCUGCAUCAAAUCAGCCAUCUUCAUCAGCUGCAAAACGAGGACCUAUUGUGGGAGCCAGGGGAAAAAAGCACAAGCCUGGUCAGAUAUUAGCUGGUGCAUCAUCAAUGAAAAUGCAGUACCUUUCGUCAGGACCAACUGGAAGGGGUCAAUUUAAUCGGGCUUCUUCAGGUGCCCUUACAAGUGAGCAUGCUCAAGCAGCAUCAUUUGAUCCAAUGAUUGGGAGGAAAGUGAGGACCCGAUGGCCUGAUGACAAUAAUUUUUAUGAAGCUGUUAUAACUGAUUACAAUCCGGCUGAGGGUCGACAUGCUCUUGUUUAUGAUAUAGGUACUGCAAAUGAGACGUGGGAAUGGGUCAAUCUUUCAGAGUAUGGCAUCGACUGUUGUACAUUCAUUGUCUUUAAGCAUAGGUAUAACAUUGGAGAUAUUUCUGUCAUCCUCUGGGCAGCUAUCAUCCAGCAAACUGUAACCAUCUUCCAAGAUGACUUUGUUUUGCGCUGA